AUGUCCGGUGAAGACGAUGAAGACGACUACAUGAACAUGACGUUCCAAGAUCCCACCCCCACCACAGAAUCAUCCGUUCAACGAGCUCAACGCCUCAAAAAAGAAUCACGCGCUCGUGGCAUCAUAAAAUCCAAAGCACAGAUCGCCCAAGAAGAAGUUGCCGCAAGAGAAAAGGCCCUCUCAACCUCCAUGCUCGAUGAUCCACGCUCAAAGAAGAGCAAAGGUCUCGCCAUGAUGGCCAAAAUGGGCUUCAAGGGCGGCAGCCUGGGAAAAAAGGCAGAAGAUGGACAGCCCUCGGGUAAAGCAGAACCCAUCAAAAUCAGCAUGAAGGAGGAUCGCGGCGGCAUUGGCUUGGAGAGUGAGAAGAAGAGGAAGCUUCAAGAAGCCAUUGAAGAGAGGGAGAUUAAGAGCGUCAAGAUUGACCCCUUGGAAUACCGCGAGAGGAUGCGGAUGGAAAGAGAAGAUGCAAGGCUGGAAACGCAACUGCGUGCCGCACAACGCACGGCAGAGAGGUUGGAUGACGAGAAAGCAGGAAUAGAUGCGGAUGAGCACUCGUCAGAGGAAGAAACCUCAACUCCAAAGCCUAAGCCAAUAUCAUCACGACCGCUCAAGUCCAUACCUGUGCUUUAUCGAGGCUUAGUUCGUCAUCGUGAAGAAAAAGAGCGUGAUCGGCGAAUGAGAUAUGACCUAGAGCAAUCUCUCUCACGGUUACCGACCUAUGAGAAUGAUGAAGAGGACGAGGACGACAAGAAGGCACUGGGCAAGAAACACGUUACAUACUCUACUGCGGAUGACUUGGACGAGGAAGACGAGGAGCUAGACGAGUUUAAUGCACUUGAACUCAGCACUAGACUGAGUCGUCUAGUCAUGUACCUGCGGGAAACACAUCAGUAUUGCUUCUGGUGUAAAAUGGCGUACCCGGAUGCAGAAAUGGACGGGUGUCCCGGCGUAACAGAGGAAGACCACGAUUAA